AAAUAAACCAGAAAAUUCACAAACGUGAGCACAAGAACCACUGCGUUUUCACAAUUCUGAUCUAAUCCAAUGGAUGAACUGAUGGGUCUCUUACGCGUCCAAGUAAAACGCUGUUAUAAUCUCCCCGUUGGCGAUACCAAAAGCAGCGAUCCUUAUGUAGUCAUCCAGAUGGGUCAACAGAAACUGAGGACAAACGUAGUGAGGAAGGAUGUCAAUCCCAAAUGGGAAGAUGAAGAUUUAACCUUUUCCAUUUCAGAACCCAAUCUCCCAAUCAAGUUGACAGUGUAUGACUACGACACUUUUAACAAAGAUGACAAAAUGGGAGAUGCAGUUUUCGACAUACAAUACUUUGUUGAAGCCAUGAAGAUGGAUCUAAGAGGCAUUCCCGCCGGAACUGUCAUAGCAAGAAUCAAACCGUCGAGGGAAAACUCUCUCGCCGGAGAGAGCUGCAUUAGGUUGACGUCGGACGGAAAUGUUGUCCAAGAUAUGAUUCUUAGGUUGAGAAACGCUGAAGAAUGUGGUGAAGUUGAAAUCUCCCUUAGCUGGAUUGAUGUUCCUGCUACUAUGGUUAUUUGAAUUAUAUUAUUAGGUCUUGCUCAUCAA